UGUUGCAAAAGAAACUAAAACCAUCUCCUAAGUUAUGUUAUACGAAAACGAAGAAGGCGCAAAAGAAUUAUGUAAUUGAACAUGCCGUCUCACUCCUAUGUGGCCUCCUCCAUCAUCGUCAUCAUCAUCAUCAUCAUCAUCACAAGCUUGAGGGUUUCUGCAGAUGAUCCUACUUACGUAUACCACACAUGUUCGAACACGACAUAUACAAGAAACAGCACUUACUCCAGAAACCUCAGAACCCUUUUGAACAUUCUUUCUACCGACACCUCCGCGUUCCAGAACACGGCGGCGGGAAAUAGCCCCGACAUGGUGAACGGACUUUUCCUCUGCCGGGGAGACGUCCCGGCGGAAAUCUGCCGUGACUGCGUUAUGUUCGCAGGCAACUACACUCAGAAUCGCUGUCCGAGAGAGAACGAGGUUCUGAUCUGGUAUGACGAGUGUAUGCUUCGGUACUCUUACAGAAACUUCCCCUCGAACUCUGUUACAGGAGGUGUGAUCAUAAUGACGAACCCUAAAAACGUUUCCUCUGACGAAUCGGAUCGGUUCAAUGAUUUGCUCGUCUCAACGCUGAACCAGGCCGCAGAUGAGGCCGUGAAUAAUUCCAGAAUGUUCUCGGUGAAGAACGCUAACUUCUCAGCGAAUCAGACGUUGUCCGGACUGGUACAGUGCACUCUAGAUCUCACAAGACAAGACUGUGACGACUGUCUGAAACAAUCCAUCAAUGGAUUACCUCGCGGUAGAUAUGGGGCAAGGCUUCUUCUUCCGAGUUGUAACUCAAGGUACGAGCUCCACCCGUCUAACGAAACCGCCUUUGUAACUCCUCAACCGCCUGGCCGGAACACUGUUCCACCGCCGCCUGAACAGAAGAAUGUUCCACCGCCCUCUGAACAGAACAUUGUUCCGCCUCCAUCUGGGAAAGGUGGAAAAUCUUUUGUGAGAAUCAUCAUUGUUGCUGUAGCCGUUGCUAUCGCUUUCCCGGUUUUCAUAGCCGGUUACUGUUUCGUCGCAAAGAGAGGAAGGAAGACAUAUGAUACAGCGCCUGCAGAUGAUGAUGGGGAUGACAUUACAGCCGUAGGCUCGCUGCAAUUUGAUUUUAAAACGAUUGAAGCUGCGACAUAUAAGUUUUCGCAGAGGAAUAGGCUCGGUCAAGGUGGAUUUGGUGAAGUGUUCAAGGGUACAUUACCAAACGGAACAGAAGUUGCAGUGAAGAGACUGUCGAAAACAUCGGAUCAAGGUGAAAACGAGUUCAAGAAUGAGGUUGUUCUUGUGGCAAAACUUCAACACAGAAAUCUGGUUAGGCUUCUCGGUUUUUGCGUGGAAGGAGAAGAAAAGAUACUUGUCUUCGAGUUUGUGCCCAAUAAAAGCCUCGAUUAUUUCCUAUUUGACACUACAAGGCAAGGUCAAUUGGAUUGGCGCACACGAUACAAGAUCAUUGGAGGGAUUACUCGAGGAAUUCUUUAUCUCCAUCAAGAUUCACGCCUCACAAUCAUACACCGCGACCUCAAAGCAAGUAACAUUCUCAUAGACUCUAAUAUGAAUCCGAAAAUUGCAGACUUUGGAAUGGCGAGGAUUUUUGGGAUGGACCAAACCGAAGCAAAUACGAGAAGGGUAGUUGGAACCUACGGUUACAUGUCUCCAGAAUAUGCAAUGUAUGGCCAAUUCUCCAUGAAGUCUGACGUGUACAGCUUUGGAGUCUUAGUCUUGGAGAUUAUAACCGGCAAGAAGAAUAGCAGUUUCUACCGAAUGGAUGAUACUGUUGACAACUUGGUCACAUAUGCUUGGAGGCAAUGGAGUAAUGGUUCACCGCUAGAACUGGUGGACGCAAUUAUUGGAGAGGAUUAUCAGAAAGAGGAAGUGAUUAGAUGCAUACAUAUCGGUCUAUUAUGCGUUCAAGAAGAUCCGGCUAAACGUCCAACAUUAUCAACAAUCCAUCAGAUGCUAACAAAUUUUUCGAUCAAUCUUCCAGAUCCUCAAACGCCCGGAUUUUUCUUCGGAAACGGAGUGGGGACUAUUCGAUCUACAAACAACUCUAUUCUUUGUUCUAUCAAUGAUGCAACGGUUACUGAGUUCGGACCUCGUUGAAAACAUAAGUUCUUGUGAUGUACUACAGAGCAAUGUUGAUUCACGUGGAUAGCAGAUCUUUGCAGCAGAGACUAUUCACAAGAAGAAUUGCAGGGUGGUUGAUAUCUGGUUAUAAAAAAAAAACAGAUACUCAUUAGCUGUCUUAACUAAUCUCUGUCGGCAUGGUUUUGCAUGA